GAGCAGUGGUUCGCUAAGAGCAGGAUGAGUCGCACGUCAAGCCUUGCAGUGUUGUUGGCAGCCAUGGUGGUGGUGGUAACGGCCGGGGCCAGUCGCUCCAGGCAGGCGAGACAAGCCUCCAAAUGUGGCCCAGAAGAGCCCUGCAUAUCGUACAAGAGUUGCCCGUUCUUCGCUGAUCGUCUAAGUGGAAGACCUACUCGGGAAACACUUAGAUUAUUUAGAAAGGCCAGGUGUGAUAACAGCCGUUCGAACCCAAAGGUGUGUUGCCCAGACUCCAACACAGGACCGGUCACCACUGUCACGCCCAGUCCUACCCCCAGUCCUACCCCCAGUCCUACCCCCAGACCUAACCCCGACCCUACCCUCACCCAAGGACCUACAGUUAAUCCCUCUGUGGGUGAACAUCUCCUGCCUGCUGAAUGUGGAGUAGGCAAUAUUGAUGUCAAGAUCUUCAACGGUGAAGAUGCAACUAUGGGAGAGUACCCGUGGAUGGCCAUACUCGGGUUUGGAAGUCAGUCCCAGCCAACUUGGGGGUGUGGAGGUGCGCUGAUCACUGAGAGAUACGUCCUUACUGCUGCUCACUGUCUGGACCUAGCGCUUACAAACAACCUACCAUUAGCGACGAUAAGACUCGGGGAACACAAUCUUGGCACAGACCCAGACUGUGUACCUCUGCCAAAGGAUGUUGCCGGCGAGGACUGUGCUCCACCCGCUCAGGACUUUACUCCCGAGCAAACGAUCCGUCACCCCUCCUUCAACAACCGCGGGGUAUUCAACGAUGAUAUAGGUCUCAUCAGGCUCAAUCGGAAGGUCAACUUUAACUCAAACAUCAAGCCUAUCUGCCUGCCUCCCUCUGGCAUCGAUGUCCAAGCCAUCAUCUCUGGUAGCACCGCCAUCACAGCUGGCUGGGGACGAACGGAACAAGGCAUUAAUUCCCUGACUCUAAAGAAGGUUAAGUUACCUUUCGUGGACCUGAACACCUGCAACCCACUCUAUCAAGGACAACUUGUGAACGGAAUGAUGUGCUUCGGCGGGGAUGGUGAACGUGACGCGUGCUUCGGAGACUCUGGAGGACCUUUGUUCAUAUCAAAGAGUGUCGCUACAUACACCGUGCUCGGGGUGGUGUCGACGGGAAUGCCGACGUGCGGGGUGACAGGUGUUCCGGCCAUUUACACCAACGUGGGUCUGUACCGAACUUGGAUCACCCAGAACCUCAGGCCCUAGAACCUCCCCUCCCCCUGAAUCUAGAACCAAUAGCAGUAGAACCACUCUCCCCCUGAAUCUAGAACCUACAUCCCUAGAACCUUCAGUCAUAAAAUCUUUGGCUCUACACUGUACUAAUGUACUUAGAACCUUUGGAAAAACGCAAUAAAAAUACUGUACUCCCCCUCACCGUACAACACUGCUCUGAUUUCUUUCGUAUGCAUAGCUGAGACGUCACGACCUGGGGAGUGACUCCUCAAGGUCGUGACGUCAACGAAUACAGUAACAAUGUCAUUAUUAACCUAUUUUUUGGAAGUCAUAAAUAUCAACUUUUGUUCAUUGUAUAAUGGUCUUGUUCCAUUUACUUGUAUGGUCAUAACGAAAAUGAUAACAAUUAUUUCUCACUCAUCUUUGAAACUAUACCAAACCCGAGUGAGUGAGUACAGCGCCAUCAAUGUGUAGGAACAGUCCAGCGACUUAUUCCAACAGUUCUGGAUCCUUGGCUUCCGUCAGGAGCUUUGGUUCGUUAUUGUACAAUGUACAUAUAUGGAUUGAAUUAAUAAAAUUUUACUUGUU